GUCCUUAAAAAAUAAACAAAAUUAUAAUAAAGAAAAAAAAGAAGCAAAAUACCCGAAUUUAUUGUACACGGUUUCUAACUGAGAAAAAUUACUAAAAAAUUUUAAAUAAAAAGAGGAAAAAAAAAAUAAAUAGAUAAAUAAAUAAAUAAAAAAAAAAAAAAAAAAUUAGUGCCUUAAACUUCAACCCACUAAAAUAAAUGCCCACAUUGCAGCACCAAUGUACUUGCAUCUACGUACGUACGUUGUGCAUAGAUUUGCUCAAAAAUUAUUUUGAAUUGUCGCAAUAGUGAUGCGUUAAGGAAAAGCAAGCUUUCGGAAUUUUUUUUUUUUUUUUUUUCAAUCUUUAACGCGACACAUCAAUCAUUUUUGAAAAAGUUCUCAUAUGGAAAAGCGAUUAUUGUACCAUAUUUUGUAUUUGUUGUUGUUAUUGUCGUGCUCAAGAAGUCGUAGUAAACAUUUUAAGUUUCUUUGAAUUUUUCUUUGUUACAAAACUCGCACCGUUUAAAGCAUAAUAUAUGGUAAUGGCAGAGAUUGGUGGCCAUUUGGCUCACCAGCUACCAUUGCACAAUCACAAUCAAACUGGAUUACAACCGUCGCUGGUCAUGAAUCAUCAUCUGGAUUUAGAUUGUCACGGACACGAUGUGAUAAAAAAACAACAUCUCUCACAUUGUGUGGGGUGUGGUGGGCAAAUUCAUGAUCAAUAUAUCCUGCGCGUAGCACCAGAUUUAGAAUGGCAUGCAGCUUGUCUGAAAUGUCAAGAAUGUCGACAAUUUCUGGAUGAAAAUUGUACGUGUUUUGUGCGUGAUGGCAAAACCUACUGUAAACGUGAUUAUGUCAGACUAUUUGGCGCUAAAUGUGAUAAAUGCGGCAACGCCUUUAGCAAAAAUGAUUUUGUGAUGCGUGCUAAAACGAAAAUAUUUCACUUAGACUGCUUUCGUUGUUCAGCGUGUGCGAGACAGUUAGUACCAGGUGAUGAAUUUGCGUUACGUGACGGUGGAGUGUUAUAUUGUAAAGAUGAUCAUGACGUUUUAGAGAAGUCUUCACAAAGUAGUCUAACAUCCUCUUCAAUAGAAAGCAACAAUAACAAUAGCUGUAGUAAUAAUAAUAAUCAUACGAGCCUCAGCAAUAAUAAUCAUUCCAGCGAAUUGGGCUCAAUGUCAGAUUCCGGUAGCGAAUCGGGCUCACAUAAAAGUAUUAGGGAGAAACGGCCUUCGGGACCUUCGGAUGGUAAGCCAACCCGCGUCAGAACGGUACUCAAUGAAAAGCAAUUACACACACUAAGAACCUGUUACAAUGCUAAUCCGCGACCUGAUGCUCUUAUGAAAGAGCAAUUAGUUGAAAUGACUGGACUAUCGCCACGCGUUAUAAGAGUGUGGUUUCAAAAUAAACGUUGCAAAGAUAAAAAGAAAACAAUACAAAUGAGACAACAACAACAACUGGAAAAGGACGGUCGAAAAUUAGGAUAUGGUGCCAUGCAGGGUAUUCCAAUGAUAGCCAGCUCGCCUGUGAGACAUGAUUCUCCACUUAAUUUACAAGGUAUUGAUGUGCAAACAUAUCAACCGCCAUGGAAAGCUUUGUCAGAUUUUGCUCUUCACGCUGACCUUGACAGCAACGGUGCUAUUAACACCCAAACACCAGCUUAUCAACAACUAGUCAAUCAGAUGCACGGAUACGAUUUGAAUGGUAUGCCGCCGUUGCAGGCUCAUCAACAGGGACCGCAUCCGUCAACGCCGGGGCAGCAAUUAAGUGGGCCACCAGGCAGCAGUAUGGAUUCUGGCAUUACCUCCCACCAUCAUCCGGACAGUACUGAUUCGUAUGUUACCUACCUGGAAAGCGAUGAUAGUAUGCAAGGCAGUCCAUAGAAAACGAACGCAAACGUUUCUAAUUUGCUUCUUUUGUUGCCUCACAAACAGAAUCCAAAUUAACGCUGACGCCUUCAUCAUCGUCAUCAACAUGCGCGUCGGCUGCAUCGAACUCAACAUCAGCAACCACAUCGGUAU